UGCUAAUCUGCCCUGUCAUAGGCUUUUCUUGAGUCCUUAUCAGCCUUCCUCAGUGGGUCAAUGUUAUGAAGACCAGGGGAGUCUGGCAGAGUUCCUGCUCCUCCCAGGCUGAUAUCAAAGGGCAGCAGGAGCUGUGACAGAAGGCAAAUAUUCAGACCAGAGCCAGACGACGCACUGAAACAACAAGAGGAAAAGCAAGAGCAUCAGAAUAUGCUCCUGGAUGAAAAAAAAACAAUUCAUCAGGUUGAUACUGGUUUGCCUGAAGGAAGUGAGAAGAGCAAACUAAUGGCAAAGGAGGAUAGCCAUCCUGCAGGAUGCCUGUUUUUUCCCCCUUUGUGGGUAUAAACAACACCCACAUGGCCUCUGCUUGGCGAAGAUCACACAGAAGAAAUGGUUUUCUUCUCCUAGAGGAAGAAUUUUCAUCUGGGUUAGUUACUGGAAUCUCCUUCUGUUAACUGUUUGGAGUGCUGAGGGGCCGGUGGGAUGGCCAGCUUCCAGACCGACAUGGAAAUGCUCUAUCCCGAGACAGUUGUACACGUGGGCAGAGUGACUUUUGGAGAAGAGAACAGGAAGAAGAUGACCAAUGGCUAUCUGAAAAGAACUGAGAAUAAGAAAAUCAUCCAGGCCACGUGUGCCCUGUUAAAUUCUGGAGGGGGUAUGAUCAAAGCGGAGAUUGAUGAUAAAACCUACAGUUACCAAUGCCACGGGCUGGGACAGGAUCUGGAAACUUCUUUCCAAAAGCUCCUUCCUUCCGGUUCACAGAAAUACCUUGACUAUAUGCAACAGGGGCACAAUCUCCUGAUUUUUGUGAAGUCCUGGAGCCCAGAUGUUUUCAGUCUCCCCCUCCGGAUUUGCAGCUUGUGCUCCAAUCUCUACCAGAGAGCUGUGACCUCCACAGUCAACCUGAAUGCGGUCAGUUCCUUGGAGCUCCUCAGAGAGAAGCAGUCUAGAGCCCAAAGAGGGAGAUCAGGGGUGAAGGAGCUCAGUUCUCAGAAAGUUCCUAACAGAGACAUUCAGGAAGAAGAAGACAUGAGGAUGUCUGCCUCAGAGUUGUUUCAAAAGGACAAACUCAUAUAUAAGGAGAAACUCAAUUUUACUGAGUCAACCCAUGUGGAGUUUAAAAGGUUCACCACCAAAAAGAUCAUUCCCCGGAUUAAAGAAAUGCUGCCUCAUUAUGUUUCUGCAUUUGCCAACACCCUCGGGGGAUACCUCAUUUUUGGGGUAGAUGAUAAGAGCAAAGAAGUAUUUGGAUGUAAGAAAGAAAAAGUGAACCCUGACUUACUAAAAAAAGAAAUAGAGAACUGUGUAGAAAAGUUGCCAACGUUCCACUUCUGCUGUGAGAAGCCACAAGUGCAUUUCACUACCAAAAUCUUGAAUGUGUACCAGAAAGACGUCCUGUACGGCUACGUCUGUGCGAUUCAAAUAGAGCCCUUCUGCUGUGUUGUAUUCUCAGAGACCCCGGAUUGCUGGAUCAUGAAGGAUAAUUCUGUCACAAGGCUGACGGCAGAGCACUGGGUGGCCAUGAUGCUGGGUGUUCAGUCAGCAACUGCCAGUUUGACCACUGACUCCAGCUUUCCCCUGUGCACCCCAGUUCCAACAGCACUGGGAAGUCCAUCAUCUCCCAUGAAAGUCCUAGAAUUUAAGAGACCUCUACAACAACGUCUGUUUCCAGUGACAUGGGAAGAGAUACAAUUUAAACCAGAAUCCCUCUGUAAGAAGCUCUUCUCAGAUCAUAAAGGACUCAAGGAAUUAAUGAAGACACAGAUAUAUCCUUGUUCUCAAGGGAUUGUGGUAUUUUCUAGAAGCUGGGCUAGUGAUGUUGGCUUAAGGAAGGAGCAGGAUGUCCUGUGUGAUGCUCUCCUAAUAGCAGUGAACAGUUCACUGAUACUCUAUACGAUCUUAAUAAACCCUGGUUGGAAUGGAGGGCUUGAGUAUGCCCGAAAUACUGCUCAUCAGUUAAAGCAGAAACUGGGAACUGUCGGUGGUUACACAGGGAAAGUGUGUGUUAUCCCGAGGCUGCUGUACCUGUCCAGCACACAGCAUGGCCCUGAUGAAAUCCCCGUGCACUAUCCCACAUCCUACAGGCUUGCCACCAAGGAUGACAUGGAAGACUUGUUGCAAGCCCUUAUCGUAGUCUCACUGUGUUCUAGAUCCCUUCUGAGUGACCAGCUGGGCUGUGAAUUUUUCAGCUUGCUCAUAGAGGAGCAGUGUGAGUCGCUUUCAGAAAGCCUUCAGGAGACACGAGAAUUGUUCAUCCACUGCUUUCCAGGAACCAGGAAGACAGCCCUGGCCAUAAAGAUCAUGGAGAAAAUUAAGGAUUUGUUCCAGUGCAAAGCUAAAGAGAUCCUUUAUGUUUGCGAAAGUGACUCCUUAAAGGAUUAUGUGACCCAACAAACCACCUGCCAUGCUGUGACCCGGAAGACCUUCUUACAGGGGGAGUUCCUAAAGAUUAAACACAUAGUGAUGGAUGAGACUGAGAAUUUCUGCAGCAAAUAUGGAGACUGGUACCUGAAGGCCAGGAGCAUCACCCACCCCAAGGUGAGGGGAGCUGGAAGUGAAAACCUUCAUCGUGGGAUUCUCUGGAUUUUUGUGGACCCUUUCCAAGUUCGUCAUGUGGAUAUUAAUGGCCUUCCCCCUCCAUCCGCUCAGUUUCCUCGAAAAACAAUCACCAACGGGAUCCACUGUGCUCUCGAAAUAGCAAUGGUCAUGAAGGAAGAAAUGAAGAGAAUCAAAGCCAAUCCGCCCUCCGGUAUGUCCCCAGACACACUAUCAUUGUUCAGGGAAGCUGCCUAUGAGGAAGCAGCACAUGCCCAGGCCCUGCCUGGGGUGUGUGAGACAGAGGCGAACCUGACUAUGGAACAGAUUGUGAAGCGGGUGGCAGAAAGGUGUCACGACCUGUUCCAGGGUGGCUAUCGGCCCAAAGACAUUGCGAUUCUGUGCAGGAAAAGGGAGGACAGAGGACGCUAUGAGCCCGCACUGCUGAAAGCAAUGGAAUUAUUUGAAACCCGUGGAGCAACCAAGGUUGUGUUCAGCCAGGCCUCCGGGGUUGGGGGCAGUCACAUCAUUUUAGACAGUAUUCAGCAGUUUUCAGGCCUGGAGAGGAAUAUUGUAUUUGGGCUUAGUCCAGAAUGCGCCCUGUCAGAAGAAGCUCAUAAGCUCUGCUUUGCUUCACGAGCCAUUAAACACCUCUACCUGCUCUAUGAAAAGAGGGCCGCUUUCUGAAAGUUAUUCUCACAAUACAGGCAGCCAGAAAGAGCAGAGUCCCUUCUCCCAGGCAGGUGGCAGCAAAUCCUUCUCACGUAUUAUCAGUGAGGAAAUUGAGGCACAGUAAAUAUGGCAUGGAGCCACAAAAAUGUCUCUAGGGAUUGACCCUUCCCCUCUAUGUGCUGUCAUUGUCUUCUUCCCCAUCCACAUCACCUCCUGCCUGUACAGUCAUAGUGGACUGUUGAUUGGUUCCUUGCCUCUGGUUUUCCUAGUCCGGUCCAUCUUUCAGGGACCAGAGGUUGUCCUAAAUAGAGAACAGAGUGUGUGACAUCCCCUGCCAAUGUAUCUGCAGUGAGUCCCUGAAGUCUUUAAGCCAAACCAAUUUCCAGGUCUUUCCAUGCUGUACCCUGACUUACUCUCCUAAUGUAGCCUUUGUUCUAUGUCUUCUCCCAAUAUGUCUAAGGUACCCCAGUCUCACUGGCCUAUGUUGGGAGUGGGAGGUAGGAUGCCCUCCAGGCUACUAACUUUGACUCAGUCUCUCAAGGGCAGCACCUUGGUCAGACCUCCUACUGGCUAUGGGUCUCAAGCUUUAUGGGCCCAGAACUUGAUUUCCUCUUUUUGUUAACUAGGGAUUAGUCUCUUGGGAGUGGUUUUAUGCUAAUCAAACUCACAAAAAACCAGUGCACAGAUGAAAAUCUCACUCUGUCAAUUCACAAUGAGGACUGUAGUAAUAUGUGGACCAGAUACUUUAGCUUUUCAGUCUAUUCAAUAGUAACAUAGGAGGCCAAAUUAUGUAAGCAUAGCUUUGCAGCAAUGGUAAUCUCAUUCAAAUGUAUGAAGACUCCAAGCAUUGUCAGACUAUUGCAAUCAUCUCUAAAAUAGGAAUAUUUGGGGGGCAACUGGGUGGCUCAGUGGGUUAAGCCUCUGCCUUCAGCUCAGGUCAUGAUGCCAGGGUCCUGGGAUCGAGUCCUCCUUCGGGCUUUCUGCUUGGCAGGGAGCCUGCUUCCUCCUCCUCUCUCUGCCUGCCUCUCUGCCUACUUGUGAUCUCUCUCUGUUAAAUAAAUAAAUAGAAUCUUAAAAAUAAAUAAAUAAAAUAGGGAUAUUUCCACCACAAGGAUUAGACAGGUCCAGUUUACAAAAUAAAGCAAAUUUAGAAUGCUGAGGGUGGCUAGGUAGUCCAUAUCCUCUGCCUCAGAUGAAAUUUCUCUUCUCUCCUAGUUAAAGUUUCCAGGUUGACCACCAGCCUUCCCCCUCCCUCCUCCCAACACACACACAUACUUUGCUCCCAUUCAUUCUCCACAGGUAGAUAACAUUCACCUUGGCUCAACACUGCUUGUACUCUGCGGCUGGCCUGGGAAGUAUUCUGUCUCUAAGAGGUCUUUGCACAUCCUCAAACUCUUCUGCUAUGACUUGGUGUUAAUGUUAAUCUAACUCUGAGUUUCCACGGAGCCUGGAGGGCAACUCUACUGCCUCUACCUCCCAUACACACUCCUGGCUCCUGGCUGCGUUCUCUUCUCAGCCUUCAAACCCUCGUCUACCCCUCUACCUGCUGAAAUCCUUGCUUGUCAGUCAAGUCCUUGUUCAAAUGCCCAACUCCUCAAGGAAACUUUCACCAUCCUCCUACCUUAAAUUUGGUCUCUCCUUUUGUGGCCAUUCUGUGGCUUAAAAGACUUUUAAUGAUAAUGCCAAACUCAUUCUAAACGGCCAGAGAUGUAGCUGUUGGCAUCGUCAGAUCACUAAAUACCUUUCUGUCAUGUCUUCUUUUCAAAGUAUGUGAAAUAGAAAUAAAAAUCAAAGUUCCCUUUCUCUAGUCAGCUCCCCCAAAGAGUGAAGCAAUCUCGCUGUUCUGUAAGGAUAUUUAAGUUGCUUUUGGAAAUAUUCUUAUUUCCAGAUUGUUUUAAUUUCUGGAAAGGUUUAAGACAACCUUAUUGAUACUGGGGAGUCAUGAAUGCAAAAAAAGAGUGUGCAAAUAGUCCUCUGGCUAUAAUUUCAGAUAAGACCCAUCAGCUUUCCAAGAGGUGGGAGAGCAGACAGGGCUGGAAAAGCAUUCAUAGCAACCUUUUUAAAUUGCUCAGGCCACCAGAUGGGCCAGUCUGAACCCAAUGGGCAGCUGUCUUGACGUAUGGAUUGAAGAAAACUUCUCCCCUGCUUCUUGCUUCUUCAAUUCCUCCUUUUUAUGUUUCCUUGGCGUUUGGGGAGUACUUUGGGUGGGAGAGAUUGAGUUUAACAAUUAAUUAGCUUUCAAUGAAGCGAAAGAUACCAGUGCAGGAACAUUUGGAUAAUGGGAGAUGUGUGAAUUCUCUAAAAAUAAUUUAAAGAGCCAAAAGUGGAGAGGGAGUAGGAGAACAGAAGAAACAGGGACCUGCUACAUUUAAUCACAAGCCUCAGUACCAUUCAACUUUUUAAAACCAUAUGUAUGUAUUAUAUUAUUUGAUAAAAUAAUUCAUUUUUGAAGGAAUUGUUUUAUAUAUCAAAUCGGAGAGUCUAUCAGUUCUUAGUUUCCUCAAAUGGCUUAGUCUGGCUUAAAGUAGAAAGCCUAACUCAAUGGUUCUCAACCCUGACUACUCAUUAAAAUCAGGGUCAGAGGGGCUUUAAAAAUACCUGUGAUCUGGUGUGUGGGGGUGGUGCAGAUGGUGCAGUCGGUUGAGCACCCGACUCUUGAUUUCAGCUCAGGUCUUGAUCUCAGGGUCAUGAGUUCAAGCCCCAAGUUGGGCUUCACACUGGUUGUGGUGCUUACUCAAAACAAACAAACAAACAAACAAAAAACCUAGUGAUCAGACCACUCAACUCAACGUCUCCAGGCAUGGGCUUGAGCAUCUGCAUUUGUUAAAAGUCACCCAGAAAGGGGCGCCUGAGUGGCUCAGUGGGUUAAGCCUCUGCCUUCAGCUCAGGUCAUGAUCUCAGGGUCCUGGGAUCGAGUCCCAAAUUGGGCUCUCUGCUCAGCAGGGAGCCUGCUUCCUCCCCUCUCUCUGCCUGCCUCUCUGCCUACUUGUGAUCUCCCUCUCUCUGUCAAAUAAUAAAUAAAUAAAUAAAUAAGUCAUCAAGAUGUUUGUAAUAUGCCACCAGGUUGAGAACUAUUGAACCCAAGUCUGUUCACUCUGUUCUCAAACAGAUGUCUGCACACAUUUCUCUUCCUGGGCUUCCUGAGAGUAAGGAUGGUCACUUACACAUCUUUAUUUCCCCAAAUGCCACUAGUGCAGUGCCUCAAAUGUGGCAGGUGCUCAGUAAUUAUUUGUUGAAUGGACUUGCUUCCUUCAGAAAAUCAGAAUCUGCUAGAGACAAUGCCUCUAUUCAUUGAAAUAGUUAGCUAAUUUUGGAGCCUUCAAAGAGGUCAGUGUGCAGAAUAAUCAGCACUGAAAUAAUGAAGAAUAAGAGAAUGAAGGAAUUUAAGCUGUUUUUAGAAAGGGGCAAAAUUAAAGGUCCAGAUUACUGGAAGUUCAUUAGAUUUGAGUUUGAGAUUUGGCACUGGCGGGGGCUAAGAGUAAUUGACUUAGAAAUGUAAACUUUUCUAUAUACUCUCAAUAUACUGCAUAAAACUAUUUGUUUGAUAAAGUAACUUACCUGUGAUAAGCAUCUAAAAUUUACUUUGAGGGGCACCUGGGUGGCUUAGUGGAUUGAGCCUCUGCCUUCAGCUCAGGUCAUGAUCUCAGGGUCCUGGGAUCGAGCCCCACAUCGGGCUCUCUGCUCAGCGGGGAGCCCGCUUCCUCCUCUCUCUUUCUCUCUGCCUGCCUCUCUGCCUACUUGUGAUCUCUGUCUGUCAAAUAAAUAAAAUCUUAAAAAAAAUUUUUUUUAAAUUUACUUUGAAAAAGAAGGGUGAUAUAAUUCUAUUAUGCAAAUUUGAGAAAUGGACAAAGACAAAAUAAAAAGCUCUUACCAUCUCAU